GUCUCGUCUUGCUUUCUUAUAACCGACCCGGAAUCCACUCAUCCGCUACAGAGAUUCUGGCCGCCAAAUAUGCAGCUCAUCCUCAUUCCUUUCUCUCUCUCUAAACCUCCAACUCACUAAAACAGAUAAACAUUAGAGAGCAAUGGGAGACUCCGACUUCUCAUUUCCUCUCUCUGAUCUCAUCUGCAGCGAAACUAUAACGCAUCUCAACGAAGACCAAGGUCAAGAAGUCCUCAUGCCGUUCUCAGAAACAGAGGAUGAGUACGUUGAGGCUUUGGUCUUAAGAGAGAAGAGCUUUGAGAGCAGAGCCAUUGGGGUUCCUGAGGAGGCUGAUAGUCUAUCAAAAUUUGCUCGAUCGGAAGCCGUUCGAUGGGUUCUCAGAAUGAAGGCUUGCUUUGGCUUUGGGUAUCAGACUGUGUAUCUUGCAAUGAGUUAUUUUGAGCGGUUCUUGGUUCAUCAAAGCAUCGAUGAAAGCAAAGCAUGGGCAUUGAAACUUUUAUCAGUAGCAUGCUUAUCUUUGGCGGCAAAGAUGGAGGAGUGUAGGCCGCCAGCAUUGUCAGAGUAUCAGUUGGAAAAAUACCAAUUCAGUAGCAAUGUAAUACAAAGGACGGAGCUCCUUGUAUUGAACACAUUGGAAUGGAGAAUGUGUUCAGUAACUCCAUUUGCAUACUUGGGCUAUUUUGCAUCCAAAUUUGAAUGUAAAAGUGGAAGAAAAGAUUUGUUUUCUAGAGCGAUUGGAUUCAUAUUUGCUAUUAUUGAAGUAAUGAAUUUACUGGAUUGUCGCCCCUCCACUAUAGCUGCUUCGGCAAUUCUUGCCGCAUCCUAUGAAAGGUUAACCAAGAACUCGCUACAGGCUAAGUUGAGCAUAGUCUCCUUGCGCGAACUCUUCGAAACUGAGAAUAUAUUUUCUUGCUAUAGCAUGAUGAUUCAGCGGGAGAAGUCGAAACCACCAAAGCUUUUGGUUUCAUUGGAAGUAUCAAACAUUUGUGCCACCUCUUUCUCAGCUAAAAGCCAUAAGAGGAGGAGGAGGUUACAAUGAUUAACUUGUUACCCUCUAAAGUUGGCACUGGUUUUUUUUUGUAGUUGUCAAUGUGGGGCAUGACUUGAUUCUCUAAUUAAGUGUGAUUUCUUUUUUGUUGAUUGAUAAGCUUAUAGUAUUUGGUUCAUUUGACGUUUUUUGAAUGUCUUCCCUGAAUUGAUUAGUGUUAAAAAGGAGAGAAAGGGACAAGGAAAGGUUAAAACUUUAGCUCAAAGUUGAAAGAAAAGGCUUACUGAAUUUUAAAAAGCCAAGAGGAGGGAGGUGACUGCAAAGAGGUUGGAGAAAGAGCGUUAUUGUGAAUAGGAUUGCAA